UUCAACGAUAAAACUGUUGAGUAGUGUGCACCCCGAUAUGAAGGUAUUGAUGGUUGUCACGACUUGGUGGCUGUUUACUGUCCUGGUGUUCGCCACCGCCAGUCCGGAUCUACAGCAGAGGCUACAGGAUCUCGACACUUUCAUCCAGAACCUGAUGACAUGUGAGUUCAGGCCUGUAGUCGGACUGACCGUGUCCGUGGUCAAGGACGGACAGACCAUUUUCGCCAAGGGGUACGGCCAAAGGGACCUGCAGACGGGACAAGCUGUGGACAACAGGACUCUCUUCGGAGUCGGCUCCAUCUCCAAGUCCUUCACCUCAGCCCUGUUAGCGGCCAUUCUCGGGGAGAGGGAAGACGUGAGCUGGGACACCGUCCUGACGGACAUCCUGGGGCCGUCCUUCAGGUUCAGGGACCAGUUCCGUACCGAAGAGGCGACCCUGAGAGAUCUUCUAGCCCACAAAACCGGUUUGGAAAACCUUGGCUUUGUUUUGCGGAUGGGAGAAGACAUCGACAGAUCUGAACUGGCAAGACGGAUGCGGUACUACAGGCAAGUCUUCCCGUUUCGUGCACAGUGGUAUUACAAUAACCCCGCGUACAGCCUCGUCGGGCACGCAGCGGAGAAGCUUGCUGGGAAACCCUACGAGACCCUCCUGAGGGAACGCAUUCUCCAGCCGCUGGGUAUGGACGACACGGUGUACCUGGCCGACACUUUAGAAGAAGGCGACUUCACCAACUUUGCUCAAUCGUACCUGACCUACAAUCUCACCGGUCCGUCUGAGGCUUACACUAGGGAGAUGUUCAGGGUGCUGAAACUCCAUCUGCCGGCAGGGGGCGUGGUGUCCAACGCCUUGGACAUGGCCCGGUACAUGAAGUUCCACCUGAGCGGGGGGAGGGACACGGCCGGCCGCCUGGUGGUCCCGGAGGACACCUUACGUCAGACCCACACGGCGGACGCCAUCAUGCCCGGCAGCUUUGCCAUCGAAAAGCUCGAACCUGACUGGCCGGUAGAGGUGGCCAUGACACAGGGGUACGGGAUGGGUUGGUGGACCGGCACCUACAGAGGCUACAGACGCGUCCAACACGUGGGGUUCGUUGAGGGGUUCUCGUCCCUGAUAUCACUCUUCCCGGGGGUCUCGGGCGGACUCUUCACCUCCACUAACGGUCCUAUGUCACCGGGACUUCGGCAAGUCAACAAAGAUGUCCACCAAGUCAUCCACAACCAGGUCGGAGAUAUCCUGAUAGGUAAGGCCCACUGGCUAAACGCCACCACAGCCUGCACGUAUCCUGAGCCUUGGUGGGCGAGACCGGAGCCCAACAGCACCGUCCUCCCCGAGAUCACGGACAACUUCCCGCGAGACAAACGUGACUACGAAGGUGUCUACGGCAACCACGCGGCGGGCAACUUGACCAUCAGCCUGAACACGACCGAUAACAAGUUAUACUUCAGUCUUGGUCUGAUCGGACGUGGUGUAGUUCUCCCUACCGUCUCUGAUAACCAAAUACUUCUCCGCUGCCAAGGACCGUUAGCGUAUUUUCCAUAUCUUAUUUCCGAUGUGGAGGUAAAAUACAGUAAGGUAUUCUCACUAUCAAUGCAAAGCUAUCCUCCCGAACCGUCUGUAGUGUUCGAGCGAGGCCUGAAGCUGACAGACCCGGACCCUACAGAGCCGGAGUGGGACGACUGUACAGGUGUCUCCGGCUCUCCGAAAGGUGCAGCUUGGAAUUCAUUAUUUGUGAUCUUGUUUUCAGUUUUACUUGUAUGAACGAUUUGAUUUAUUUGAUAUUGACUUGUUUGAAUAUUAUAAACAUGGAAAGACCAUCAGACCCGUCGCAUUACGAUUUUAAUCGUUUUAACGUUAAAAUUGGCCAUGAGUAAUAAUUAUAAUGAUGAUGUAGUUGUAAGUUGUAAAUACAUUAAGGUCCAUAAUGUAACAUUUGAACAAUAAAGUAGUUUUCUACC